ACUGACAGUGGUUUGAAACAGCGUUAAGGCUUUACUACGAUGUCUAACACUCUUUAACAAGUGCAAGUGGUGCAAAAACGAUGAAUCAGAGGCUAAAUAUUAUUAUUUAUGUUCCACUUUACUUUCCUCUCAACUUUUCCCUUACGCACGAAUCGGAAGCUAACUUCAGCGUCGUAAAGCUUUUUGCGACAUAAUUUCCUCCUUUCAGGCAGAAGCGGAUGUGAAAGGUCAGUAUCGAUGGAGCAAAAGCUUGCAGAGUUCAGGGCACGGCGACAGGCUGAACAUGCUGCCAAAAAGGAUCAGUGUGGUAGUCUGCAGUCCAAAACAGAGACAGUAACAGACUCAGCAGCUCAGACUGACACAUCAGCUGACAGUCAACAGACAGAAAACACCCGGACUUCAUCUCACAGCUCUCAAAGCAAGGACCAAAGUGACUGGCUGCUGGACAGCGCUCUGGGGAGGUGGCUGUCUUCGAGAAAACUUGUCUUAUCAAACAUUACUUUGCUGAAAGUGCUGCUUUGGCUGGUUCUCCUUGGUCUGUUUGCAGAACUGGAGUUUGGUCUCCCCUUCUUCGUCAUCUCCCUCUUCUACUGGCUCUAUGAAGGACUCCGUAGCCCAGCGGCCCGUGAGCCUGGAGAACUCAGCGCUUAUUCUGUCUUCAAUCCAGACUGUCAGCCUCUGCUGGGCGCUCUCACUGCAGAGCAGCUGGAAGGCGAGAUGGGUUACAGACCUCUGGCUAACAGAUGAAAUGCUUGGGACAUUUAUAUCAAAUAAUCAGUUUAAAAAUGUCAACUUUAUUCAGGCAUAUACAGGGACUUACAAUAGUAAUUUCAAUUUAUUAUUUCAGAGUAACACAUUACUACUCACAGUUUUAUUCCUGUUUCUGUUUUCUUUGAAGCAGUUUAAUGGUGUCACAGAUACUGUCCAUCACUUGGUUGUGGAAGAGGGAUACACCACAUCAAAUAUAGUGGUCUAAUCAUCACCAUCACUUGACAUGACAUUUUCCUACAGAGUGUUAUAUGUAGGGUUUUUUUGAAUAAAUAAAUAAAUAAUUUUUUUGAAUUUUGAAGAUUUACCUCUGCUUUCCAUUGUUCCCUACUGAUCAACUUGGGAUUGUUGGAAAAUGUGGGAACACUUAUUAAGAGGGAAAUGGGGAUAAACAAUGGCUCACCUUGAGACAUAUUCACAGAAACAAUAAAGGGCAAGCUGCUUUUAAUUUAUAUGAGAGAAAUGUUUACUUGAA